CGCACGCGCACCGCCGCCUACCUGCGCCUGGGCGGCCAGCGACCUGGGCCGGGUGCUCCCCGUGAGCUUAGAUUGCAGAGGGGGCGGCAGGUGGCUCGGCGGCGCGGAGGGAGGCCGCUGAUUGCCGGAGGCCGCCGUCGGGGCAAGGUGUCCUCAUGACUCCUCUUGCGGACCAUGUCCCUGAUCCUCUUUGCCUGCGUGGUAAGGGUGAGGGAUGGACUGCCCCUCUCGGCCUCCACUGACUUCUACCACAGCCAGGAGUUCCUGGAGUCCAGGAGAAGGCUCAAGACUUUAGCCGUGCGGCUGGCCCAGUACCCAGGCCGAGGCUCUGCACGAGGACGUGACUUCAGCAUACACUUUUCUUCGUCGGGGGAUGUGGCCUGCAUGGCGAUCUGCUCCCACCGGUGUCCCGCGGCCAUGGCCUUCUGCUUCCUGGAGACCGUGUGGUGGGAGUUCGCGGCUUCCUUCGACGCCACGCGCGUUGGCCUCGCCUCCAGGCCGUACGCCUUCCUCGAAUUCGACAGCGUCAUUCAGAAAGUGAAGUGGCAUUUUAACUGUGCGAGUCCCGCUCAGAUGAAGAGCAGCUUAGAAAAGGUCCAGGAGGAGCUGCAGCUGCAGCCGCCGGCGGUCCUCACCCUGGAGGACACGGACGCGGCCAACGGGGUCAUGAACGGUCACGCGCGGGUGUGCUCGGAGCCUGCUCCGAAUGUCCGAAUGGAGCCGGUGACGGCCCUGGGCGUGCUCUCCCUCGUCCUCAACAUCAUGUGUGCCGCUCUGAACCUCGUCCGUGGCGUCCACCUGGCGGAGCACUCUUUGCAGGUCGCUCACGAGGAGAUUGGAAACAUUCUGGCUUUCCUUAUUCCUUUCGUGGCCUGCAUUUUCCAGUGCUAUCUGUACCUGUUCUACAGCCCGGCCAGGAGGGCGAAGGUGGCGCUGAUGCUGCUCUUCAUCUGCCUGGGCAACGUGUACCUGCACGGGCUGCGGAACCUCUGGCAGAUCCUCUUCCACAUAGGGGUGGCUUCUCUGUCGUCACACCAGAUACUGACGAGGCAGCUGCGGGAGAAGCAGUCGGACUGUGGAGUGUGAGGCAGGGACCCGUCGACGUUCACACGAGGGUCGUCUGUCUGUCCCUCUCGGCUUCUCCGCUCGACCUCAGGUUUCCGUCCUUGGCGCUCAUUUCGACCAAACCGGACUGACGGCGAGACUUGGGGCGUCUGCCUGCAGGUGCGGCUGGAGGCGUGAGGCCGCGCGGUGCCCAGGCCGGGCGUCGCGCCGCGCGCCCCCACAUGCUCUCCGGUCCGGCACGCUUACUCGGACCGCGGGUGCCAGGGGCUCAAUUCAGAGAGCGUUAUUGGAAGAUCAGAAUGGGAUUAUUUUGGUCUUUUAAACUGAAUGAUGCAAUAAACCACUAGAUUCAA